AAAUAGGCAAGUAGGCAACUCUGCAUCUGAUCGAGGCUUAUAAAUACCGCCUUACUGUGUCAGAUUCAGACUUAGUUGGGAAAAAAUAUAGCGGCAACAGGGCUUUCUACUGCGACCGAGACGUUUGAAUAUUCCGUGCUAUUCCCUAAAUUUAUUUUAUUCUUCUGAAGUUGAAAUGGCGGAACGUGAUAAUGCAACCAAUCAGCUUAAGGAUUUUGCACAGUCUGUGAAGAAUGAAGCUACUCCUACUGUGACCACAAGUGGGGGAGCUCCAAUUGGAUUCAAAACUGCCAGCCUUACUGCAGGACCUAGAGGUCCAAUGCUACUUCAAGAUCAUGUAUACAUUGAUGAGACAGCCCAUUUUGAUCGUGAAAGGAUUCCAGAACGUGUUGUUCAUGCUAAAGGCUCAGGCGCUUUUGGCUAUUUUGAAGUUACCCACGACAUUACCAAGUAUUGUAAAGCAGCUGUCUUUGGCCAAGUGGGUAAAAAGACUCCAGUUGCUGUUCGAUUUUCUACUGUUGGUGGAGAGAGUGGCUCAGCCGACACCGCUCGUGAUCCUCGAGGAUUUGCAGUCAAAUUUUACACCGAAGAAGGCAAUUGGGAUUUAGUCGGAAACAACACCCCCAUAUUUUUUAUUCGUGAUCCUAUUCUCUUUCCGAGCUUUAUUCAUACUCAGAAACGCAAUCCAGUAACCCAUUUGAAGGACCCUGAUAUGUUCUGGGAUUUCAUAUCUCUUCGACCGGAAACAACUCAUCAAGUUUGUUUUCUGUUUUCCGAUCGUGGAACUCCAGAUGGCUAUCGUUUCAUGAACGGUUACGGAUCGCAUACCUUUAAAUUAGUUAAUGCGGAAGGCAAGCCUAUCUACUGCAAAUUCCAUUUCAAGACCGACCAAGGGAUUCGUAAUUUAGAUGCUGGCAAAGCUCAUCAACUUACUGCCGAUGAUCCAGACUAUGCAACUCGUGAUCUGUAUAACGCCAUUUCCAAAGCAGAUUUUCCUUCCUGGUCCGUAAAAAUUCAAGUGAUGACCUUUGAAGAAGCAGAAAAGUUCAAAUGGAACCCCUUUGAUUUAACUAAAACCUGGCCACAGGCAGACUUUCCACUAAUUCCAGUUGGUCGUAUGGUCUUGGACCGCAACCCUAAAGAUUACUUUGCUGAAGUUGAACAAAUUGCCUUUAGUCCAGCUCAUUUGGUCCCGGGUAUUGAGCCAAGUCCAGAUAAAAUGCUUCAGGGACGUCUUUUCUCCUAUACCGAUACUCAUCGCCAUCGCCUUGGAACAAAUUACCUUCACUUGCCUGUCAACUGCCCUUACCGUUCCAAAACUUUAAAUUACCAACGAGAUGGUCCGAUGACUUUCAAUACGGACUAUGCAGGCUAUCCAAACUACUUUCCCAACAGCUUUUCCGGACCAUCCGAUGCGCCAGCAGCUCUGGAAUCAAAGUUUGAGGUUUCGGGUGAUGUAGCUCGCUACAACACUGCCGAUGAUGACAAUUUCUCUCAAGUCGGCAUUUACUGGACAAAGGUUCUUGAUGAUGGUGCUAAAGAGCGACUUGUUCAAAAUAUUGCAGGGCAUCUAAAGAGUGCACAGUCGUUUAUUCAAGAUCGUGCGGUAAAGAAUUUUACUCAAGCUCACGCAGACUUCGGACGACGACUACGUGCUGCUCUUGACAAGCACAUUUCUUCCAGUUUAUAAAAGCAAAAAUCGAUCUACAAGGUUUUGGUUUUUGGCUGAGCAAUUUUUCUUUCACGAAACUAGUAGCUAAAAAAAUCAUAUGGAAAGUAGCAUGGGUGUUUUUAUUAAUUACUCUUAAAUCCAGCCUGCAAUAAUAUGGGUUUCACUUUAUCUGGUUAUAAAUACAUGAUGUAUUGAUAAA